AUGGCCAAGAACCGUUCCGCUAACAUCAGCCGCAAGGGCAAGAAGGCCGCUCAAGCUGCUCGCAAGAAUGCCAAGGCCACCGUUGUCGAGACUCCUGUCAAGACCGUUGACGCGUCUUCCGAAGCUGAGCUCACUCAAUCCGAGGCUAGCUUCUGCGAGGCAGUCAUGAACGAAGCUGAGUCUGCUACCACGACUGAGCUUGACAACAUCGAGUCCGGCAACGCCUCCAAGUCUUCCACCGAGCAAGUCACCCUCAACAAGGAGUUCAACUUCGACUUCGCUGAGAACAAGGCUGAUACCUAUCCCAUCAUCGAUCCUACCUUUGCCACUGAAGUCUUCGAAGUCUUGAGCCCUGCCAGCCCUGUUGCUGAACCAGCCUCAGCUCUCCCAACCGCCGAGUUCACUUUCAGUGUUCCUCGCGUCAUUGCCGAUCUCAAGGCUCGCGUCAAGAAGGCUGCCGGGAUGGACAACAUUGAGAAGGAUUGUGCACCAAUCAUCGAGGCUCCGAAGGAGUUGGAGAUUCGAGAGAAGCUUCCCGAAGCCGAUCUCGAACUUGCCAAGAAGGACAUUGAUCAAGCCAAGAGAGAUGUUCAACUGUCCGAGAUGCAAACACAGAUUGAUGAACUCCAAAACAACAUGAACGAGUGGCACACUGGUCACGUUCAAACCCGCAACGAGAUCGAAGUCAUGAUCGCAUCUAUGUCCGCUUGUCUUAAGAAGGUUACUGACCUUAGACAACGCUUGCGUUCCGUUGAGGGUGACACUCUUGGACUCGUCAAUAUCGUUAAGGAUUUGCAAACUCAGAUCACUGUCGUCAAGGCUGUUUUGGCUGGUAUCCCGCACUUACAUCAGGAGCUUCAUGAGUUGAAGGAGGAAGUUGCUACGAUGAAGGAGGGCUCUGCUGCUAUGAAGGAAGAUGCUGCUGCUGCAUUGAAGAAGGCUCAUGCUGAGAUUGCUGCAUUGCAGAAGACUUACGUUGAGGCUGCUGCCAUGAAGCAAGCCAAGGCUCAGGUCGAACAAAUGGUCAACACCCUUACCGCUGCCUCCGUCCCCCUCCCCAAGUCCGAGAAGAAGACAAUCCGUAUCGUUCUUGACAAGGCUCUGAACAAGUUGGAGAAGCUGCCCACCAUCGGUCCAGUCGGAUCCCGCAAGGGAGAGGCUGAUACUCCUCGUGUUCCUGGUAUUCACAAGGCUGGUCGUGCGGGCAGUGGUGGUGGAUUCUGCUCUGUUAUGUAG